AUGGAGUACAGCAGCAUUCCUAAUCCAAACACAGAAGCAUCCUCCCACAUGUCCCGAAUCCUUACAAUAACAGCCUCUUACUGCAAGGGUACCAGGGAGACCCUCAGCCAUCACUGCGGCAUGCUGGGAGAUGCUCUGCACAAGGAGAACGACUUCGCUCUCAUCAUAGAUGGAAAGACACUGAAGUAUGCCCUCACUUUCGGGGCACGCCAGUAUUUCCUGGACUUGGCUCUUUCUUGCAAGGCUGUGAUAUGCUGCAGGGUUUCACCUCUGCAGAAGUCUGAGGUGGUGGAGAUGGUGAAAAAACAGGUGAAAGUGAUCACACUGGCCAUUGGCGAUGGAGCCAAUGAUGUGGGCAUGAUCCAGACCGCCCAUGUGGGUGUUGGCAUCUCAGGCAAUGAAGGGCUGCAGGCUGCCAACUCAUCAGACUACUCCAUUGCACAGUUUAAGUACUUGAAGAAUCUUCUGUUGGUUCACGGCGCUUGGAAUUACAACCGUGUUGCCAAGUGCAUCCUGUAUUGCUUCUACAAGAACAUUGUGCUUUACAUUAUUGAGGUAAGUCUCAUCAAACUCAUAGCACUUGCAGAAGGAAUGACAGACCACCAAGCCUUCUAUUGCAUUGACCACACUCCCUUUGACAACGGCAACAGUGUGGACUACCUGUUUGUAGGGAACAUCGUCUACACGUAUGUAGUGGUAACUGUAUGUCUGAAAGCCGGUAUGGAGACCACAGCAUGGACAAGGUUUUCUCAUCUGGCUGUAUGGGGCAGCAUGGUGCUCUGGAUGUUGUUUUUUGCCGUCUAUUCUGCAAUCUGGCCAACCAUUCCUAUAGCACCGGAUAUGUUGGGCCAGGCUGGUAGGGUGAUGCAGUGCUGGAGCUUCUGGCUGGGCCUGAUACUGGUGCCAACAGCAUGUUUACUCAAAGAUGUGGUGUGGAAUGCAGGACGGCGCACAGUGAGGAAGACUCUGCUGGAGGAGGUGCAGGAGCUGGAGGCUCGGGCUGUGGACCCUGGGGCGGCCGUCCUCAGAGAUGCCAGCGGCCGCAGUCUGAACGAGCGUGCCCAUCUGCUGACACGAGUCUUUAGGAAAACGCCUUCUAGCGUGGGACGCUCAAACUCUGUGCAGCAGACCGUGUCACAUGGAUAUGCGUUCUCGCAGGAGGAGCAUGGCGUGGUGUCGCAGUCCCAGGUUGUUCGCUCCUACGACACCACCCGUCAGCGGCCCAGUCUGUAGCUGUAGCCAUGGCGACAGCUGGUAGAGACUUUAACGACACACCUGUGCUGGGUGAUCCUGCUGUGGCCUUUAAGCUGAACUAAACUGAACUGGGCACAGCUAGCGCAACACCCGGCCGAGCUACAUAACACACCGCCUCCCGACCAGGGAGUGGAUUUACAGGAAACGGAGGGUUGGGGGUGGGCGGGCAUAUUCUCACAUGGAAACAGACAGCCGAAAUGCACUACACACGAACGGACAGGAGAAAGGAGCCAGGUAGCAUUCAGAAGAGGAUGCCAAAAGAGACAAUGGUAUCACUAUCACGAGUCACAAGACUGCUUCAUUUGGUUCGACAUGGUGCGGGUGCGUGUUUGCAUCUGCGCUUUCGUGUAUGUGAGCGUAUAUAUUGAGAAGGAUGUGCAUAUGUGCUCUUAUCCGUUGUGUGUGUGACGGUUGUGGGGCGGCUGUUGCGCUACUCUGUGUGUCUGCAUGUGCGUGUGUUUUUGUUGAGUCCUAGCGUUUGCGUCUCCAGAGAUGGGAGUUUGGCGUAUCCGUCCUCACCACGGCGAAGCAGGAGGGGAGGCCACUCUAAACAAACACAAAACAGCCACCCACAUGCAUACACUCUUUUUGGAGGAAUGCCCAUUGCUGACCUGAGAUGGGGGAGGUGUGGCUUACAGAUGCCGCAGACACACGCAUGCACCCACACGCAUGCACCGUUCCCAUCCAGCGAGGCUGCCAAAACACACAGCGAUUCCUCUGAGGCGGAACCCCCACCCUGCCGCAUGGAGCUUCCCAGCUUACCACACACACACAAAUACACCUUCUCUCGCUCUCUGUCUCACCUAAUCUUCUACUUAAUGGCGGCCUCUGUAUCUUAGAGCUCAUGUUCUCUCCGUCUGCUCUCUGUCUUUGAUUCUCUCUCUUUUUCCAGAUCGGUAAUCUCCAUGUCUCCUUGUUCUCUUGGUCUAGUUAUCCUUUCAUUCCCUCUCUGUUCCAGUCGGUGGCUGCUGUGGAUCACAGCUGUAGCUUUUGCUUUUGUCCGCUUUUACUCGACCUGUCGGGUUUCUGGACUGUUUUGUCAAAUAAACUGGACUUGUGACUCUG